AGAGAGAGAGAGAGAUAGAGAGAGAGAGAGAGAGAACGCUUUACCGCAGUAUCACUACAUUUCUGCAUCACUCAUCAAAACUCUGCGGCAUGCUAACUAGAUCUGGGGGGAGGGCUUUGUGCUGAGUGUAGUGUCAACACCACCGUCGUUUAGUAUAGAUUGACUGUAAUUAGAUACAGUAGCACGGAGCCGCCGGAUUGUUCAUCCUUUUCUUUCAAACAGCUCGUCCAUUUGUGCGCUCGCUAACGACUUUCUGCAGCCUAUCUGAGUAAAAUAUUUCACAUCUCACCAAAACGCCUAUUACAUUAGGUUAUAACACCCGGUAACAGUCCGUGGAUUAAACUAAUUUAGCAAAAUGGCAAAGGAUGCUGAGAAGAGCACUUGGAAGGACUUCAUAUGGAACUCCAGGACCCGAGAAUUUUGUGGCAGGACAGGGAGCAGCUGGGGCCUCAUCCUGCUCUUCUACCUAGUGUUCUACAUCUUCCUAGCAGGCAUGUUCUGCCUCACCAUGUACGUCAUGCUGCAGACCUUGGAUGACUACAAACCCACAUGGCAGGACAGGCUUGGCACACCAGGCAUGAUGAUCAGACCCAGGGGAAAGGCGAUGGAGAUCACCUACAACACCACCAACACUGAGACCUGGGACAUGUACAUCAAGACACUGGACAACUUCCUCUCCCCCUACAACAACUCUCUGCAGGCUGAGAAGAAUGAAGAGUGCACACCGGACCAGUACUUUGUUCAGGCAGACAGUGGUGAUGUGAAAAACAACCCCAAGCGCUCCUGCCAGUUCAACCGCACCCUUCUAGAAAAAUGCUCUGGKCUUGAUGACCAUACCUAUGGAUACCAGGCUGGCAAACCAUGCAUCAUCAUCAAGCUGAACCGGGUCAUUGGGAUGUUGCCAGGAAAGGAUGGCCAGGCUCCAUUUGUCACCUGUGGAGCGAAGAGGUACAAAGUUGGCAAAGAUGAAUGGAAAGAAGACUCUGAUAAGAUUGGACAGGUGGAGUACUACCCUGAAAAUGGCACCUUCAACCURAUGUACUACCCUUACUAUGGCAAGAAAGCUCAGGUGAACUACUCCCAGCCGCUGGUUGCCAUCAAGUUUCUCAACAUKACCCUCAACGAAGACAUCAACAUCGAGUGCAGGAUCAUCUCCAACAACAUUCCUCCUGGGAGUMUAAGAGACAAGUUUGCGGGGAAAGUGUCUUUCAAACUGAGGAUCAACACUAAAGGCUAGAUGUACAUUCUCUUUCUCUCACUAACAUGUCCACCCACCUCUACAUUCUGUACACAGGUACACACACACACACAUACAGGGACAGAUAACAGAAUUAACACCCUCCGUUUGUCGAAUAGAAAAUGUUUACAACUUCAAUUUACCCUAGAUGUCGGGCAUUGUAUGUCCAGUGGAGUGAUGAUGUCAGAAUGGUGGAGUUAAACGGGUGGUAAUUCUGUCUCUGUUUCUGUGUGUGAGCUUUGAUUCUUUUCUGUAAAUUAGUUUGAGGUGAAGUCUAUUGAUACUGCAUGACUAACUAGGGGAUAUAGUGGACAUAAACAUGUAUGAAUUGAAAGUUUGCAAGGAGAAGCAACGCCUCUUACCAGUUUACUGUUGCUCCUUCAUCUCUGCCUCCCUAUAGAGUGCCCCUCUAUAUACAAAUAUACACAAAAUACAAUACAAACCGUGUAUAUCUAUUUAUAUAUCAUAACCUUAUAUCAGUAUGUCUAUUUUGUUGCGCUUAAAAAUAAUCCAACAGCUAAAACAUAUGAUGAAAAAAAAUAUUUUUGUGGAUGAAUGGAGAGAUGGAGACAUUUUGCAUGUGUGUAUUGUCUUUAGUGCCCUAAGAAGGCGGGAGGCCCCAUGUCUCAGCUCUCUGCUCUGCUAUGUGGGAAUUAUAAACGAGGCUAUGUUAAACUGCUGGCCACCAGGAGGGACCACGCUGCACUCUGCAGUGAUCAUCCAAUUUAACCCAUAAGAAGAUAGCAUCUCCAACAUGGGGAGUUACAGAGGUCAAGACCAUUGAGUCUGUGUAUGUGUGUGCGUGUGUAUGUUUGUAUGUGUGUGAGUAUGUACUGUACAUUUGUUUGUAUGACCAAAUUCCAUUUGCAAGACAGAAUGCAUACUCUAGGUCGGGAAGAUGCAUAUGCAAUGUGCAAUAUUAAUUAAGAAUGACACAUCAUGCACAUUCUACACAUUAAACAGGACUCUUUUGUCAUAAACACUUGAAUUGCAGAUGGUCAUAAAUCGGAUUAGGCUUCCAUAACAUGAAUAUACACUACAUUGUCCUUACAUGGUUUAUGUUCACAUCUGUGUUCCUACAGCUCAAGGCUUAGGGCUGGUUUGUUUGUUCAUAGUUUUUUGCAUGUGCAUCGCAUCUAUUGAUAUGUUCCUAUACAUAUAAGAAAGAGAUGCUGUUCUUCUAUUUUGUAUUGAUUUGCACUGGUUUGUGUUUUUCUUGUGAAGACGACAUGCUUAUGGUUCUGUGGAGAAGGAAAAAUAGAGAGUUUGUUUUGUUUCUACGUUUGUUUAAAUUUAUAUWCAAACAUGUCGUACCAAUUUAAUCAGUUGUACAUGACUUGUUAUUGCUGUAAUAGUGCAUCUCAGUUUGAAGGCUGUCUCCAACAUCUGAUUACAUCGGCCAGAAUGUCUGUAAGGCUGGUUUGGUGAUAACGGUAAUAUGUUUGAUUUAUUUUUAUUUUGGUAGGAUUCUCUACCAUUACAUUGCUUUAAAAAGGGAGCAACAGACCAACCAACCUUGUAGUUGGAGGGUGUACUAUAACUAAAAGCACCUACAGUUGAGCAUGUGCAAGAGCGUUUAUGAACUUGCUCUAGAAUGAUGGUCAAUGUGCUGGUGCACAGAUGCCCUGGAUGUGCUGCUGAUUUGGGGCUGGAUUCAAUCCGUAACGCUAAACUUCGGCAUACAGAUUGAAUCCAGCCCUUGAUUCAGUACACAUAAUGAGAAAAAACAGUUGAGGAAUCUAUAGAUCUGAGCAAGUGCUGCUGAACACUGGCUGUGACAUUGUGGCAAUGUGACUCUGAUCCUUCUUCAACGUCAUAGCGACACUUUUAGAACCCUAGCAUCUGUUCACUCAGCUUAACGGUUGGGUUGACUUUUAGGACCUUUCUUCCAUCAGUCAGUAUAAGGUGUAUAUCAAUCAAUUUUCCUUCAUUUUGGUUAAAGUUGCACCUCAGUAAUAUCAUCAUCAUGAAGACUUGACAGUAUAAUAAUAAUCAGUAUAUAAAUAAUCUGUUUUGUUUGAUAGCUGUAUAAUACACGUUGAGGGUUGACMGAACAAAGUCAAUUGACUCCAUGCUAAACAUCCAUGUUGCGUGUGGCCUACCAAUAGUCCUUGUUUUUGACAUUGUGAGACAAUGGAGUGAACAGUGCUACUUCCUCGUUAGCAUUCCUGCUCCACUCAGUCUGUUUCGCAUGCUGAGAUUUCACUGUAAUCUCUUAAUCUGGUCAGAUAAUCUAGAGCAGGUACUUUAUCCUCUCUUUGUAGUUCCUCCUUCUUGUGUCAACCCCCCUCUUCUCUCUUUUGUCCACACACACACACACACACACACACACACACACACACACACA